UCACUCCUCCAAGUCGAGAGAGUUCUCUUUCAAAAUAGCUAUGAUUCACGAAGAAUGACUGCAACUUAGAUGUUAUUUAUUGGGUGUUUACAUCAAAUCAAAAAUGGGACUGUUGACAAUUUUGAAGAAAAUGAAGCAGAAAGAAAAAGAAGUUCGUCUACUUAUGCUAGGCUUGGACAAUGCUGGGAAGACGACCAUCCUGAAGAAAUUCAACGGUGAAGACAUUGACACAAUAUCUCCAACGCUUGGCUUCAACAUCAAGACAUUAGAACAUAGAGGGUUUAAACUAAAUGUCUGGGAUGUGGGUGGACAGAAAUCUUUGAGCUCAUACUGGCGGAACUACUUUGAAAGCACUGAUGGCCUGAUCUGGGUUGUGGACAGUGCUGAUAGGAUGAGGCUGCAGGACUGUAAGCAGGAGCUGCAGGCACUGCUUCUGGAGGAGAGACUUGCUGGAGCAACCCUUCUGGUGUUCGCAAAUAAGCAGGACUUGCCUGGUGCACUGACAUCAGAUGAAAUCCGGGUGGCUCUGGAGCUGGAUAACAUCAAGACACAUCACUGGCUGAUUCAAGACUGCAGUGCCGUGACAGGCCAGCACCUUCUGGAAGGAAUCGACUGGGUCAUUGACGAUAUUGCCUCGCGUAUCUUCACCAUGGACUGACAGAGCUACUGUGAUAGAUAUACCCUACACUAUUGAACGAUUUCAGUGGUCAGCAGUCCUGCUAUUAUGGCAAGAUGGGCUGGACCGAGAGACGAGGACCAUGAUACCAGUCUUAUCUUCGAGUACAUGCCACUUAUUGAUUGUAAAUGCUACCAUACUGUUGACCACAUGUUAAUUAUGUCUAAUCAUCAUCAUCACUGGCAAUGUGUCUGGUCCAUCGGGUUGUGGACAGUUUCAUCUGUUGCUUAUAAAGGUUUCUACCCUGUUACGAUACCAGUCUAACUGAA